GCCGAUCAAAGCCAACAACUCCGUUCCCAGCCCUCCGUCACCUCAGCACUUGGCGCCCUCCAACUGCGCGGCCCCUGACACCCUCCCCGACACGCCAGGCACCCACCAAGCCAGCAUGCUGUCCCUGACCACGAUGGUGGACGUGCUGGUGGGCGCCGACACCAGCCCCGCACUGCAGGUUGGCAGCAGCGGCGCCGCCUACACCCGCGCCCAGCUGCGCCUCCUUUGCGCCCAGUUUGCCAGCACGCUGCGCGCCGCCGGCAUCAGCCCCGGGGACGUGGUCACCAUCGCCGAGCCAAACACGGUGGAGUUUGUUGUCGCCUUCAUCGGCACCACCCUGGCCCGUGCGCUGGCGGCACCGCUCAACCAAAACUACAAAACGGAGGAGUUCCAAUAUUACAUGGAGGACGCCCGCAGCAAGCUGCUGGUGGUGGGCCCCGGCGGCAAUUCGGCAGCCGAGGCCGCGGGCGGGCCGACCUGCAUCGCCCUCACCGUCACGCCUCCAGGCGCUGGCAGCAGCGCGGCGCCCAUGCUCAGCAUCCAGUCCAAGACUGCUGGCUUCGAGGCCGUGGCGGCGCCAGCCACGGAGCAGGUGCAGGACCCUCCCCUGCCCGACGACGUCGCGCUGUUCCUGCACACCAGCGGCACCACCAGCCGGCCCAAGGGCGUGCCGCUGACCCACGCCAACCUGGUCGCCUCGCUGGACAACAUUGCGCAGACGUAUGAGUUUGUGCCCGCCGACCGCUCGCUGCUGGUGAUGCCUCUCUUCCACGUGCACGGCCUGAUGGCGGGACUGCUGUCGCCGCUGGCGGCCGGCGCCGCCGUCGUCAUGCCCGCGGCGGGGCGCUUUGCGGCCUCCACCUUCUGGCAGGACGCUGUGCAGUACGGGGCCACCUUCUACACAGCCGUGCCCACCAUGCACCAGAUCCUGCUGUCGCGCGCCGACGAGGACUACCCGGCAGCCAGCCCGCCGCCGCUGCGCGCCAUCCGCAGCUGCAGCAGCAGCCUGGCACCGGCCACGCUGCACAAGGUGGAGGCGGCCUUCAAGGCGCCGGUGCUGGAGGCGUACGCCAUGACGGAGGCCUCCCACCAGAUGACCUCCAACCCGCUGCCCAAGCACGGCCCGCGCAAGCCGGGCACAGUGGGCAAGCCGCAGGGCUCAGUCCAGGUGGCUAUCCUGGAUGAGGGGUGCAGCGUGCUGCCUGCGGGGCAGGUUGGGGAGGUGUGUAUCCGGGGGCCCAACGUCACUAAGGGAUACCUGGACAACCCUAAGGCCAACGAGGAGGCGUUUGCAGGCGGCUGGUUCCACACGGGGGACCAGGGGAUGCUGGAUGAGGAGGGGUACCUCACGCUGACGGGGCGCCUCAAGGAGCUGAUCAACCGGGGAGGCGAGAAGAUCAGCCCCAUAGAGGUGGACAGCGCGCUGCUGGCGCACCCGGGCGUGGCCGAGGCGGUGUCGUUUGCUGCUCCCGACGAGAAGUACGGCGAGGUGGUGGCGGCGGCGGUGGUGCUGACAGAGGAGGGCAAGCAGAUGGCCGACAUUGAGGAGGACAUCAAGCGUGUGGUGGGCCAGCGCCUGUCUGCCUUCAAGGUGCCCACCCGCGUGUUUGUGACCGAAGCCCUGCCCAAGGGGCCCACCGGCAAGAUCAGCCGCCGCUUCAUGGUGGAUGCCUUCAUCAACAAGAAGCCGCAGGAAGAAGGCAAGUGAAGGUGGCUGGCGGGAGGGAUCCAUUGACUUCAGCCAGCAGCCCAACGACGGGUACUUUCUAGUUGCCCGGGCCCUGGCCAAGCUGGGCGUGAAGGAGAUGUAUGGCGUCAUCGGCAUCCCUGUCACCCAGCUGGCCUCAGCGGCCCAGGCCUGCGGCAUCCGCUUCAUUUCUUUCCGCAACGAGCAGGCGGCGGGCUACGCCGCUGCCGCCACCGGCUUCCUCACUGGCCUGCCUGGCGUGCUGCUGACCGUCAGCGGUCCAGGCGCGGUGCAUGGCCUGGCUGGGCUGAGCAACGGGCAGGCCAACUGCUGGCCGGUGGUCAUGAUUUCGGGCAGCUGCGAGCAGGCCGAGGUGGGCAAGGGCGCCUUCCAGGAGCUGGACCAGCUGGCGGCGGCGGCCUUGCACGUCAAGUGGGCGGGGCGGGCGGCCCAGCUGGCAGACAUCCCGCGGCUGGUGGCACAGGCGUUUCAGGCCGCUGCAUCGAGCCGACCAGGUGCCGCCUACGUCGACAUUCCCUCCAACCUCUUGUUUGACUCGCUGCCCGACGCAGCGGCGGCGCAGCAGGCCGAGGCGGCGGUGGCUGGGCCGCUGGCCAUGCCACGCCCCACGCCCACGCCCGCCGACGUGGCCUCCGCCGCUGCGCUGCUGCGCUCCGCGCAGCGCCCGCUCCUUGUGAUUGGCAAGGGCGCGGCGCUGGGGCGGGCAGAGGGACCGCUGCGUGCGCUGGUGCAGGGCGCAGGCCUGCCCUUUUUGGCGACGGCCAUGGGGCGCGGCGUGGUGCCAGACGACAGUCCCCUGUGCGUCAACGCGGCGCGCUCCAUGGCUCUGGGACAGGCGGAUGUGGCAGUGGUCUUCGGCGCCCGCCUCAACUGGCAGCUCCACUUUGGAGAGGCGCCGCGCUGGUCGCCGGGGGUGAAGUUUGUGCUGGUGGAUGUGGAUCCUUCGGAGCAGGACGCCGCCAAGGGCGCCGCGGUACUGUGCGGCGACGCCGGCGCAGCUGCGGAGCAGCUUCUGGCCGCCUUGGGUGGCGGCGCGCUGCCCGGCG